AUGUCAUAUUUUACUGUACACAGUAUCAGAGUCAGCUGGACAGUGAUUCUGUUGGUAGGAUAUUUUGUUUACUUGUUUCUGGGAGCUGCGGUAUUCCAAAUGUUGGAAAAGCAGGCAGAGAGUCGUACCCGGAGUAACUUCCAACUGGAAAAGCUGAAAUUCCUCACAAACUACAGUUGCCUGGAUGGACCAGCUCUGGAACGCUUUGUGCAGAUCAUUAUAGAUGCCUGGGACAAAGGUGUAAACCCAACAGGAAACUCCACCAAUCCAAGCAACUGGGACUUCAGCAGUUCAUUUUUCUUUGCAGGAACUGUGGUGACUACAAUAGGUUUUGGUAACCUGUCUCCUAGCACUGUAGGAGGUCAAGUUUUCUGCGUGUUCUAUGCGAUAUUUGGAGUGCCUUUGAAUCUUACCUUCCUUAACUACCUUGGGAGAAGCCUGAAUGGCCACUUAAAGAGGCUGGAGAGAAGCAGUCAGAAAUCAAGUAACUGCAAGCAGGUGGUGAAGAUUUUCACAAUGGCUUUCUUCUUGAUUUUUGGCACGGUGCUGUUUCUGGUCUUCCCACCAUUGGUCUUCAGUCACGUAGAAGAAUGGACAUAUGGAGAAAGCUUUUACUUUGCCUUCAUUACUCUGAGCACCAUUGGAUUUGGAGAUUACGUUGUAGGCACAGAUCCAGACAAGCACUACAUCUCUAUCUACAGAGGCCUGGCUGGUGUUUGGAUAGUCAUUGGCUUGGCUUGGUUGGCACUGCUCUUCAAUGUGGGAAGCAGAGUCCUGGAACAGAUCCUUCAGCUGACGUGGCACAGGAAUAAGUCAAACCUCGAGGUUAUGCAUUGCUCCAAACAGGAGGAUUGUUGUACCUAG